GAAAUGAAGAACCAGUCUGCUACUAUGGAGUUUAUACUGGUUGGUCUAACCAGCUCCCCACAACUGCAGACACUUCUCUUUUGGGUAUUCACAUUCAUCUGUGCUAUUGCUUUAGCUGGUAACACCAUCCUCAUCUAUACCAUAUGCAUUUGCAGGAAACUCCACACUCCCAUGUACUUCCUGCUCAUCAAUCUGUCCUUAGCAAACAUGUUCUCUAUCUCAGUUACAAUGCCUAAAUUGCUACAGAUUCUUUGGACCCAUAGAAAAUCCAUCUCGUUUUACGGCUGCAUCACACAGUUGUAUCUCUUCAUAUGGGCUUUGGGAACAGAGAUUUUUCUUCUUUCAUUUAUGGCUUUUGACCGCUAUGCUGCUAUUUGUCAUCCUUUGCAGUAUAUGGUCAUCAUGAGGAAGGAAGUGUGUAUUGGCAUAGCCAUUGGAGUGUGGCUUGCUGGGAUGGGUAAUUCUGCCAUUCACGCUGGACUUGUGCUGCAUCUGUCUUUCUGCAACUCAAACAUCAUCAAUCAUUUCUUCUGUGAUCUCCCCCCAGUAUUAAAGCUCUCAUGCUCUGACACUAGCCUGAAUGAAACUAUGACUUUUAUGGCAGAUGUGUUCUUUGGGAUAGGUAGCUGUGGGUUGACGCUAACAUCAUACUGUUUUAUCCUGAGAGCUAUCUUCCGAAUCCGUUCCACUGAAGGGAAGAAGAAAGCUUUCUCCACAUGUUCCUCCCAUCUCAUUGUUGUCAGCUUUUACUUCUCCUCAAUCAUCUACACAUAUAUCAGGCCCACCUCAAAUUACUCUAUAGAUAGAGACAAAUAUGUUUCUCUCCUUUAUACAGUGGUACCCCCAGUUGUUAAUCCAGUCGUAUAUACUCUGAGAAACAAAGAGGUAAAAGAGGCACUCAAGACAAUUACUGGAAGUGGCAGGCUGCUCCCGAGACCUCAAGACUAA